UGGCUAGGUUGAGCUGUGUAACGUCGCCAACAUGGCAGGCCCCCAGACUUCCACGCAUACAUUCAAAGUAGGCGCCGGAGUAUCUCUCACCAUCGACAUCUCAAAACCGCCGAAUGCUCCGGAAAACGGUAUUACGCUUCUUCAUUUCCACGGAGGGUUCCUGGUAGGAUUUGGCUCUAUUAUACAAUAGCUACACGGACACUAAUAAAUGCUGUAUAGGUUAUCGGAGAGAAAACCACGUUCCCGCCUCACUGGCUGAUCAACGCCUGCCAGGCCCGCGGCUGGACAUACGCAACGGCCUCAUACCGUUUGAUGCCAGAAUCUACCGGGCUUGAAGUCCUCUCCGACGCUCUCGACGCAGUCCAGUGGACUCAUAAGAACAUCAGCGAUCGCAUUAUAAUCGCAGGAUCAAGUGCAGGCGGGUAUCUCGCCCUGGCCACCGCAGCACACCCUGAAUGUCCACGACCACUAGCGGUGCUCUCUAUCUAUGGAAUGCUUGAUCCCGCAAGCACGAGAUAUAUUGAGCCGGGUACACCUCUCCGCGCUGUGAUCGCGGACCUGCCCAUCGCAUUAGAGGAAAUCGACGCAGCCAUGAAUAGUGGCAAGGCGCUUGACGGCUACGCCUUCCCGGAAAGCCCUCCCACUGAUCAGCGGUUCAGGUGGAUUCGCGCUUUGCAUCAGGCUGCGAAGUAUCCGGAUUUGCUUACGCGGACUCCGGGUUUGGCCGGGCAGAUUGCCGAGCAGGGCGCUGACGCGAUUCCCGAACGAUAUCGGACCCUGUUUCCGGUGUCUUUCGGACUGAUGGAAGACUUUCCUCCGACUGUCCUGUUGCAUGGCGAUGAUGAUGUACUGGUCGGGCUCGAUCAGAGUACUUCGGUCGCUGAAAGAAUGAUUUCGCUUGGAAUCAACGUGCAUCUGGAGAUAGCGAAGGGCCAAGGCCACGGUUUUGAGGCCAAGGGUGAGGUUGAUAUUGACGCGAAAGAAGUUGCGGGUGAGGAUACGGCGAUUAAAGACUGUCUUAGACGCGUCAUCACGGCACUGGAAAAAGCUGUGUGAGCUCUCAAUAGCCAUAUCUCAUUUCAGAUCUAGAUGUUCAACAGCUAAUAUAAGACCUGCCACUUGAUCCAUGUCCGUUUGAUCGAAGGUAGCUAGAUGUUCGCCCGGUUUCUGCGAGAC